AUGGCCAAGGGGGCUACGUGGCUGAAGGGAGUAGGAAGUGACGAUAUCGACGAGAGCUCCAUCUCGAAGGAUAUCAGUUACCUGAACGACAAGAUGGACACGAUAGCGAGUCUGACAGAGCCGGAGGAUCUUCACCUCUACCUACUGGCUAAGAUGAUGAUGGCGUUUGGCGUCGUUCAUAGACGCAUCCACUGA